UUCAGUGUCACUUGAGAACAUAUGUUUUAUCUAACAUGAAUUAAAAAUUAUAUUUCGAAUUUUCACAUCCAAAUUAACAUUUCGGUAUUUUACGCCAUGCUUAGCUUAACUGCUAAUAAAAUAGCUCAGAGAGCAGAAGUUUUAAAAAUUGCUUGUCAUGGAUACAAUGACGCGAAGAUUGGCACAGAUUCAGCAUUUGCAGAUCUUAAAGAAACAAAACCGGUUGAGGUAUUCCACUUGCGAAACCUCUACCUAGAGGACAAGUAUGAGAAAAAAGUAAAUUUAGGCAUUGGUGCCUAUCGAACUGAGAACAGCGAACCUUUCGUGCUGCCAAUCGUCAGACAGUGCCUGCUCGAAGUUGUUCAGAAUCCCUAUUUGAAUCAUGAAUAUCUACCUAUAAUGGGCAAUACAGUAUUUUCCCAGGUGGCGACCGAAUUUGUUCUGGGCAAAGACUGCAAGGCAAUUAAGGAGAAGCGCACUGUUUCAGCGCACACAAUUGCGGGCACCAGUGCCCUCCGACUAGGAUCUGAGCUCUUAUGUCAUCAUUUGAAGAAACGACUCUGUUUCUUACCCGAUCCUACGUAUGGCAAUCAUGUCAAUAUUCUAAGGACGGCUGGAUUCAAGCAAUUCAAGACAUAUCCCUACUGGAAUGUCAAAAAUAAGAAAAUUAAUAUCGCCAAGCUCUUGGCCGCACUUUGUCAAGCACCGGAGGGCGCUGUAAUAAUGCUCCAAGCGUCGGGCCACAAUCCAACAGGCUUGGAUCCCUCAAAGAAGCAAUGGAAACAGAUUGCUGAAGUUAUGAAGAUGCGUAACCUAUUCCCUUUCUUUGAUGCGGCAUAUAUUGGGAUGUCGAGCGGGAACCCGGAUCGCGAUGCCUGGGCAAUUCGACACUUCGUCAAACAUGGCCAUGAAACACUGAUAGCACUAUCGUUUUCCAAAAACAUGGGACUCUACAAUGAACGCAUCGGCAAUUUAAUAGCCGUGGUAAGCGAUCAAAAAUAUGCGGCGGCAGUCUUUUCGGAGAUAACCAAUCUCAUUCGAGUUGCCUACUCAAAUCCACCAACUAUAGGCAGUAAAGUAAUCGUAAAGGUACUAGGUAACAAACACAAUAGAGCUACAUGGCUAAAUACCAUUGACAAAAUGUCAGAGCGCGUGAGGAAAAUGCGAGAGCAAUUGGUUAAGAAGCUCAACGAUCUCGGUACACCAGGCACAUGGGAUCAUAUUACCCAAGGAAAGGGAAUGUUUGCAUAUUUAGGCUUGAAUCCGGAACAAUGUAAAAAGCUCACAGUGGAGAAGCAUAUUUAUUUACUCAGCUCUAGUCGGAUAAAUGUCUGCGGCUUGAAUUAUAAAAAUUUAGAUUAUGUGGCCGAAUGCAUCCAUGAAAUUGUCUGUGAGACUGCUGGUACAGGACCAGAGAAAGAAGAAGAGACGAAGGGCAAAACAUAGCUAUAAAAAUGAAGGGCGAGCGCUUAAAUGCGUAAUGCUAAAUGUAUUAAUGAUAUUGAUGAAACAGUGAAAGCA